CGGGUACAGCAUCUCAGGGGUUAAUAAGCAGCUCCUGACUUCAUUUCCGGGCUCCGUCUCUUGCCGAGUCCUGUUUCCUGGCACAGGGACCGAGCUUGAAGGGCGGAGGAGAAAAACAAAAACGGAGAAAAGAGGAAGGGAAAAAAAUAAAGGAAGCAUCAGCCAAUCCUCCGCCAACUUCCACCCUCUACCUCAGCCGGCUCCUCCCAGUCCUUGCUCUGUGUCUCUAUCUUGCUUUUUUUCUUCUUCCCCUCCCUACCUUACACACAGUCAUACUCCAGGCCAGGAACAUGUCAACCGGACACCAGCAUAGCCAGAGCCGGGCCAUCCCUACCAGGACUAUCCCCAUUAGCGACUCAUCUCAGCUACCUCAUGAUUAUUGCACUACCCCUGGGGGCACCCUCUUCUCUACUACCCCUGGAGGUACCAGGAUAAUUUAUGAUCGUAAAUUUCUUUUGGACCGUCGUAAUUCUCCUUUGGCGCAGACUCCACCCCGCCGCCUGCCAGAUAUUCCUGGAGUGACCAGCCCCAAUACGGCCGUAGAAGAAGCUAAAGUAGAAACUAACAACUUAAACAAUCACGACAGAAAGUCAACAAUUGGAGAUGACGCUCAAUUUGAAAUGGACAUCUGAUCUCUUUGAUGUUUGGCAAGAGCCCCAAGACAUGAUCAGCCAAUUGGAUCAUUCAUUGACAAACCUGUCUGUGGUGCAAUCUUGCAUUUAGAAACCUGCCCCUAAAGGUGCCAAAGGUCAACGCAAACAGGCUCCCUUUUUGUUGUCUCCUCACCACUUUUUUUUUUCUUCUUCCUUUCUUAGCCUCCCACUUCCCUCAAGGUUUAUCCCACCUCAGCUUGCAAAAUAAGCAGUGGUGGUGGAGAGACUACUGACACAGUUUUCACUGGCUUGAUGUUGGCAAGUGUGAAAUGAUACAGUUUGCCAUUUUGUACUGUAGCUGUCAAAAAGAUGUAAAUGAUUGGUGGCAGAAAUGAACAUUGUACACCUCCCCAGAUGCUUUCUUUCCAGUUUUUGAAGUGCCCUGUAUGUGGGCUUCUUCCCUUUGUGUAUUCUACAGAAUGACUGCCAUGUGAUUUUGUAAGAUUUUUCAAGCCCCAUAAUAUAAACUUGUAUGGCCUAUCCUGAUUUAUUAUUUCAGAAUUUCUGUCCAAUAAUUACUCAGUCACUGGGUUAUCCGGUGAUUAAUUAGUUCUACUGUUAGUCAGUGUAUGACAUCUGCCGAUCAUCUCCUACUGUUAAUGUCCACCAUUAAAACUAAGUGACCAGGUACCUUCUAGGGCUUGUGUGCAGUUUUUGGCAAGGUGAAAUUUGAGUUUCAAAAGUUAGUGAACCAACCGACUGCAUGAGAAGUAGCCUUGAUUUUUGAAGUCUUUUUCCCUAAAUAUUGUGUUAUCAUACCUUAAGUACAGUAAGAUUAUUCUGUAUCAGCAUAUGAGCUGUAAAAUUUAUUUUGUAGCGCUUUUCAUUACAAACAAAUUUUGAAGCCAGUUGAAUUGGUCAUUGAUCAAAUAAUUUUAAGAAUUGGCAGGUUUUUUUAUUCAUCCGUAGAGAACAAUCGGGGCUACUAACAAACAAAACAUAAUGAAGUUGGAAAAAAGCAGAGGUGGUAGAACGGGGAUCAAAAGGGAUGAAAUUGAUGAAAGUUGGCAUAAGUCUACUAGUUUUGCGGGGGGGAUUUACUUUUUAUUUUUAACCUCGGUUUUGCAUUCCCUGGGUCACCUUUUCUACUAAAGUCAGCCAAAGUAUCCAAAUUCAGAGUAUGUUAUAGGAAGAAAGAGGGAUAAAUGCAAAAUGUUAGCCAAAUAUGAUCGUGUGUGGUUUGUUGGGGGCUGAAUUGAUCAUAUGGUGCUGAUAAAGGUCUUAUCCUGUUCAGAGUUGCUGUUUUGAACGUAGGACUCUAUUUUUUUUCUUGUUUGCUUGGAAUCAUUUUGGUUGAAGUUAAUACAAAAUAAACAAUUAUGCUCAGCAGAGCGCAAUCUUA